AUGUCUAGAAAAGUUUCUAUAAGUUCACUUACAUUAUCUGAACCAAUGACAAAACCAGCAAGAGUACAAGUCAACCCUGAAGAUAUCGACGAUCUCGAUAAGACCCAACAAGUGAAUUAUCAUCAAUAUAACAUAUGGUAUUCCAAAUCAUUGUCGAAUCCAAAUGAUAAAGCCACCACUAGCAAACUGAGAUUCCGUGUUCGAAUAUUGACAGAUGAAGGAUCCACAAAGGCCAAAAAGAAUGCUCAUAUAUGUCUAUUUUUCAGUCGAGGAUAUUGCUACUUAGGCUCAAAAUGUCAAUAUUUGCAUCGUCUACCACGGGAAUCAGACAAUUUUAAACCAACACAAGAUUGUUUUGGACGAGAUAAAACGGCAAAUUAUCAAGAUGACAUGGACGGUGUGGGAUCAUUGAAUAAAGUAAAUUGCACACUAUAUGUAGGUGGUAUACAUAUCAAACCCAAUACUGAGCAAUUAUUGGUUAAAAAUUUUCAAGAAUUUGGCACGGUUGAGAAAGUCAAAGUAUUACAGGGCAAAGGCUGUGCAUUUGUUACAAUGAAAACUGAAAACCAAGCUCAAUUUGCUAAAGAAGCAAUGCAAAAUCAGUCGUUAAUGGAAGGUAGUAACGAAGUAUUGUAUGUGAGAUGGGCCAACGAAGAUAAAAACCCUGCAGCCCAAAAGCAAGAGAAGAAAAGACAACAAAAAUUGGCUUAUGAUACUGUCAAACAAUUACUAGAACAGGAAUCAAACAAAAAACCCAGGUUAGAAAAUAAAACUAUAAACAUCGAUGACGAACUGGAGGAUGAAGGUGCCGUUGAAGACGAUGAAGCAGACGAUGAUAUCGACGAAACGAGUGUUAGCGCCCUUACAGCUGGAGUUAAGAAAAAUAUAACAAUUCGUCAUACUGAUAAGACACGACAAUCAAAUUCUACUUCAGAUGAGAAGGACCAUAAUAAAAUACUUCAAGACUCCCUCUUGAAAGAUAUUUCUAGAAUGAAAAAGAAAAUGAUGCAUAAUAGAAAAGAGCCGUAUUUGGCCAAAAUACUAGUAAAUUACUCUAGUGAUGAUGAAGAUGAUGAAUGA